GUUCCUAUGCUGCUGUACAUCGCUGUGGCGGUAUCAUUCCUCUUUGGAGAUUACACAAGGUCGUACAUCAGCUGCCCCAUUGGGAUCCACAUGGUCGGGUUUGUCAUGGCGGCCUACGGGGCUGUAAAUGCAUUUGGAACCUUCGUGUCAAGUCGAGUAGCUAAGUACACUGGACGCCAUGUGUUAAUUGCGACGGCGGCGCUGAUACAUGCUGCUGUCUUUACUACACUAUACCUCUGGACGCCAAACGAGACGGAUACAAAAUAUAUAAUCCUGUUGCCUCUUGGCUGGGCAAUUGCUGAUAGUAUUUUCCUGCCACAGAUAAUAUCAUUGGUUGCUCUGUAUUUCCCAGAAAAGAAGGAACCGGCGUUUGCUAACGCCCACACAUGGUUAGCCCUUGGCUCGACGUUGACGUUCGCUCUGAGCAGCAUCUUAUGUGUUUAUGUCAAACUGUACACCAUGUUCGCCCUGUUGGUGACCGGUAUUGGGAUGUAUAUAGUGGCAGAGAUACUUUACAAAAUGGAAACAAAGAAAAACACGAGAAUAAACGAAUAAAAUGGA